AUGUAUGCAAAGCGAGGAAGCAUUUGUGAGUCCAAAAGAGUUUUCAGUGAGACGCCUCAUAAAAGUCAGUUUGCUUGGAUUGCAAUAAUAUCUGCAUAUGCUGGGCAUGGAGACUAUGACUCAGUGAUAGAAUUGUUCAAGGAGAUGGAGAGAGAAGGGGUAAGACCUGAUUCAGUCACAUUUCUUUCUAUACUAGCAGCAGGCUGCAGAAAUGGAAUGGUGGAGAUGGGCCGUCACCUCUUUCAUUCAAUGGUGAAGGACUAUCAUAUUGAACCAUCUCCUCAACAUUAUUCAAGUAUGGCGGACAUGUUGGGACGUGCAGGGAAAUUGGAGGAAGCAGAGGAAUUGAUGAGUCAGAUCCCGGGACAGCCAGGGUUUUCAUUGUUGCAUAGCCUGCUCGGGGCUUGCAGGAUCCAUGGGAAUGUGGAGAUGGCGGAGAGAGUAGCCAAUACAUUAAUGAGAUUGGAACCAAUGGAAUCAGGUUCUUUUGUGUUGAUGUCCAACUUGUAUGCUGAGAAAGGGGACUGGGAAAUGGUAGCAAAAGUUGGGAAAUGGAAGAGAGAUGAAGGAGUGAGAAAGGAAUUGUGA